CAUCAACAUCAUAUAUAAUACUAAGCACACAAUUUCAUUUAGAGAGACAAAUUAAGCAUCAUCACUUCAAAUUAAUAUGGACAACUCCCAGAGCAUGAGCUACCAAGCUGGCCAGACCAAGGGCCAAGCUCAGGAAAAGGGCAACCAGAUGAUGGAAAAGGCAAGCAAUGCUGCCCAAUCUGCAAAGGAAACCCUUCAAGAUGCGGGCCAGCAAAUGCAGGCAAAGGCACAAGGCGCAGCGGACGCGGUUAAGAAUGCCAUGAGCAACUUACUCCGUAGAGCAACAAUCCUACCCACACUGACGAGGAGGCAGGUGAGCCUGAGACCUCUCAAGAACCAGGGAAAGGAUAACGAAUUUGAGAGAGAAGCUGCAAAAGUUCUUAAGGGAGACUUCUUUGACUCACAAAAUGCAGGUGAUCAAAAGGUUGUUUCAGCUAUAAGCCAAGAAGUAGCGAAAAUGUUCAAAGGAAAAGCUGAGCAGGGAGAACUCCAUGAAGUUAAUGUGGUCUCCACCAACUUUACAUGUAUGGCACCUGAUUCACACUUUGUUCUGAAUAGUUGAGCAAUAAUCUGGUUGACGAGUGUCAUUGGAUAGUUAAUACAAGAGCCUCUGAUCACAUGUCUCCUCAUCAAACCCUUUUCCAUAACCUUGCACCAUUAGAAAUGUGCACAUAAUGGAUCAGGAAAAAACCUUUUCAAUAAGUCUUGGUCAGCUUA